AUGCCAGCCGACAACGAACUCAAUGGCCGCCUGGCCUUGAUUACCGGAGCAUCAGGAGGUAUUGGCGGCGCAUGCGCCAGGAAAUUGGUCUCCUACGGUUGCGAUCUCGCCCUUACCUACUCCAGCAACAAGCAAUCCGUGGAUGAUCUCGUAAUUCAACUCCGUAAAGACUACGACUGCGGAAUCCUGCGCAUCACAACGCAUCAAUGCGAUUUGUCCGACGCAACUGCUACGCUAUCUCUCUGCAAUGAUGUCCGCCGAGUACACUCCAAGCCAGUAUCUAUAUUGAUCAGCAAUGCCGGCCGAGGCAAAAGAUACCCACAGAUAUGGGAUAUUCCUGUAGAUGAGUUCGACUUGACAAUCGCUACGAACCUGCGAGCCUCUUUCCUUCUUGUCAAGGGCACAGUCGAGGACAUGAAGGCUCAACACUGGGGGCGCAUUGUCUUUAUUUCUAGCAUUGCGGCCUACGGAGCAGGCGUAAACGGGGCACACUAUGCUGCCAGCAAGGGCGGACAAGUGGGCAUGAUGAAGAACCUGAGCACCCGCUUGGCUGAGUUCGGCAUAACGGUUAAUGAUGUUGCGCCGGCGAUGAUAGGGGAUACAGGAAUGAUCCCUACCGCAGAUACUAUACCGGGUAUCGUAGAUACGAUCCCGGUUGGCAGACUGGGUGCGCCUGAUGAGGUUGCAAAUGCGGUGGAAAUGUUCUGCAAAACGGGCUACUGUACAGGGCAAAGUGUGGUUGUUGCAGGCGGUUUGAAUCAUAAGUAGGAGACGAACGCUAUGGUUUAUACGGUAAUCGGUUUCCAAAAAGCUAUCAGAGACCCU